GUUGUUUUUGUGCCGAGGCUUAAGGCAGUCGCACAAGAUACGAGAAAAUCGCGCUAUAGUGGGUUUAUUAUUACGUUGAAUACUCGGUGAGAGAGAAAAUCCAACGUUUUUUUCACUAAGGAUAGCUCAGUGUUUCCCGAACAAAAGGAGAGUCACGGAGGAUCCCAACAACAGACCGAGAUAGUCGACGUACGUCAGCUGACGGAGAAAAAUCGACGCCAUCCGUCGAUCUGCACGUGAGCACGAGGUCCAUCUUGCACAAGAGUGAUAGAUGAUACUCGAAUGGACGCUAUGGCAACAAUACAGCACGCCGCCAACUUAUGGCAGGAUAACGCGAGUUGCGGAUGUAGAAACACCAGGACCCCGAAAAUCGGAGAUCUACCCAGGCAUGCCGCUGUCGAAGUCGAUCUAAAAACGGACCUCUACGCGCCCAAGCUAAGCUAUGCCGCCACCGCUUACCUGACCACCGCGCCCAAACCGACCAACCAGAGCUCGCCGAGAACGGCCGACAUCCCACGAACGCCUGACAAGACUGACCACCCAGCUGUGAUAAAGAACGAUGUGCCUUUCCACCCUCACGUCGACCAAACCGACGAGCUCAAGACGACGUCCAAGAGGCCGCCCUCCGGCCUCAACCACAAGUUCCUGCUACAGUCCAAGAGUUUCCACGACGCGUCCGUCAGGCCCAUCUACCCCAACUGCCCCUUCAGCCCUUACGGCAGUCCGAACGGCAGCCCCAGGUGCAGCAGGAAGAGGGGGCCGUUGAAGGAGUCCAGGAGGGUGUCCAUCGAGAAGGCCGGGACUUAUCUGCAGCUCAACCAGUACAAACUGUUGGACGCCAUCGGACAGGGUUCGUACGGAGUCGUCAAAUUGGCGUAUAGCGAAGAGGAUGACACCCAUUACGCAAUGAAGAUCCUGUCCAAGAAGAAGCUGCUCAAGAAGUCGGGGAUCUUCGGUCGUCUACCGCCCUCUCGGAAGGACAGCAAGAACUCCAUAAGUGCCAACGCCGUGAACCAUCCCCUGCAGAAGGUAUACAGAGAGAUAGCCAUACUGAAGAAGCUGGACCAUCCCAACGUGGUCAAGCUGAUCGAGGUGCUCGACGACCCAGCCGAAGACUGUCUCUACCUGGUAUUCGAGCUCGUCGAGAGGGGCCAAGUGCUGGACAUACCCACCGACCAGCCGCUGGACGAGGAGACCGCCAGGGUGUACUUCAGGGACGUCGUCUUGGGCCUCGAAUAUCUGCACUACCAAAGAAUCAUACACAGGGAUAUAAAACCAGCCAAUUUGCUGCUGAGCAACAACGGUCACGUGCAAAUUGCUGAUUUGGGAGUUUGUAAUGAGUUCGACGGAACAGAUGCCUUUCUGUCCAACUCCGCCGGUACGCCGGCGUUUGCAGCACCGGAAGCUUUGUGCGAAAAGGCUGAGUUCAGUGGGAAGGCUGUGGACAUAUGGUCCUUGGGCAUAACGCUAUACGCUUUCGUGUUCGGAAACGUCCCUUUCCACGACGAAAACCUCAUGGGUCUCUACUCCAAGAUACGCAACGACAAGGUGACGUUUCCGUCAGAACCUAAGAUAUCCGAGACGCUCAGGGAUCUCAUCUUGAAGAUGCUGGUGAAGAAUCCCAACCAGAGGAUAACGCUGCCAGAGAUCAAGCUCCAUCCGUGGGUCACCAUGAACGGAGCAUGUCCACUACCUUCGGAAGAAGAGAACUGCGAGCUGGUGGAAGUUACGGACGAAGAUCUCAACAAAGUGGUCACUUCCAUACCCAAACUGGACACGUUGAUCCUGAUAAAACACAUGCUCAAAAAACAUUCCUUCCAGAAUCCGUUCCUGCACAGACGGGACGUCCACAGAUCUUCGAACGCGAGCGACACGACCACCACGGCCGCACAGAGCAACAGGAAGCUGUACAGCAGAUCGGGCCGGUCCAAUUCUGCUCCCGACUCUUACGUGUUCAGCGCCGACAUCUCGACUGAUACGGCCCUGGAGGCCGUGAAGGAGGUGACGCUGGACCAGGUCGGUCAGAAGGGCGUGGAGCCGGAGGGUCAGCAUACCAAGAGUCGGUGAUCGGAAAAUUUGCCGGGAGAAAGCCGAGGGAAAUCUUUGAUUUACGAGAAAAUUUAAAUUUUCCUAUCCUCCGACCGCUGUUGAAGGUAUUGGGAAGUCACGCGCGAUAUUUCCAGAUUAUCUUCGUGAGCCGUAAGGAGGACUGGAAAACUGAAUUUUCCGGGAGUUUCUACGGAUUUGGGAAACCCUGACGGUUUCCAGAGGUUCGCCAAUUCCCGGAAAAUCACUCUCGAGAGUCUCGACAGGUUUUCCCUCGGCUAUAUUUAUAGUUUCAUAGUUUUAAUAUCGUUUUGUGAUAAGACGAUUUUAUUUUUGUAAUAAAUUUUUUUAUUUUGUUUUUGCAAAUGUUGAUAUGACAAAAUCGAGUUUUAUAGGGACAGGAUUUAUAUUAUUGUAAUGGAGGAAACUGUAAUCAUGACAGGGAUCCACUAUUUUGCUUAUCCAAGAGCUUAUAUGAUGAUAGCGGAAUAUUUUCCUGAAUUAAUUCUUGUUUUAUCAUUAUUCGAAUGGUGUUCAUCGAUAGAGUAAUUUAAGAUAUAAUUCGAGAAGAAGACUAAUUCCAUUUCAUCGCAAAAAAGACAUGACUCGGUGCAGUUUGAGGCACAAGAAAAACAACGUUGAAUUUUUGAUCGAGCUACGCAAAGACUUGGGAACAAUUGUUAUUGCAUCCUACGUACAUUGGGACCAUUUAAACGUUGAAAAUUCCAUAUCAUUCACAAUUUGAACAGAACAGAUCGUUGAAGAGAAAAUAUGCCUUAAAGGAGCUUAUCUUAAGUGGCCUUCGCGGAUACUUAUACAGUUCAGAGUUGUGGAUUUCUUUCUGGGAACUGGAAAGUCACUGAUUUCAUUUGAGGUACAAAAUGUCACAGAAUAUAAAAAUACAGAUUAAUCACACACAAAUAGAAAGAAGCACAAAAAACAUACCAAAACCUUUGAAUUGUAUGGUCCUCUAAGACUCACUAAAUUUGAAAAAAUAAUCUUAGCUAUCUAUUACCCUCCCCAAACAAAUUUUAUACGUAAGAAAGACCAAACCGCAUUUUCCCAAUGGUCAAUCUUCUCUAUUAACCGGUUGGAGUGUUUCGAGUUGGAGCCAGAGAUGGCGUUUUAAUCGACAUUUCAAUCGGCUUUUUUACACUUGAUGUUUCCGAACUUUUCAGUAGGAUAGGCCGUAGGUUUUAGAGAAUUGAGGAAAAACGCGUCGGAACGACGUGUUUUACCGCAAGUUCAAAAAUGGAUCAAUUUUAAACUUUAGCCAAUUUUACCCCUAUAUACUGCUGUUCAUCUUCUAUAUUCGCAACGGAUAUAUAUUAUCACCUUUUUGAAAUUUCUAUAACUGAACCUAGCCAGAGUAUUUAUCAUGGAAGUUAUCGCAUUAUUACAAAGUUCUCGAACCUCUAAAUUGUUGAAUUUUAAAAAUAAAAGUUUCCAAUUA